CAUUUGUCUUUUAAGCAGGUCUAACUAUAUGCGAUAUCUACGCGUGUAUCGCAUAGAAUACGGAAGCUGCGGCACAAAAAUUGCACAGCAACUUUUUUCUGAUAAUCUUUGUACACGUUCCGUUUAAACUCGUUUAAUAAAAAAAUUUAAUAUGGAUCCUCGAAUACAUAGAAGAACAGACUCGGAAAAGGGACCGGGUGAUUUGAUAGUUGAAUGGCUAAACGAGGCUUCCUUAAAUCCAACAGAGGACGUAAAAGUCACCAAUUUAUCUAAAGUUCAUGAAAUAUUAGUAAAUAAGGAACCACAAUUGCUACCAUUAUAUUUAGACGAAGCUUUGCAAUUCUCCUUAGAUAGAAAUGCAGAAGUUAGGAAAACAGUCACUGGUUUCAUAGACGAAGCAGGAGUAAAGCAACCAGAAAUAAUUCCACGUGUAGUUCAAAUACUCUUAAGAUUAGUCUCUGAUGAAUCAUCUGCUGUAGCCAAAAGAGCUUUAAGAGCUAGUGGUAGAAUAUUGAGAGCUGCAUUAAAAUGGAUAUCUAGUGCUACUACAGUUACUCCUGAAAUGGAAGUAGCAUGGGGUCAACUUAGUACACUUAAGAUACAGAUAAUAAAUAUGAUAGACAGUGAUAAUGAUGGCAUUAGGACACAAGCUGUAAAGUUUCUUGAAGGUGUUGUUUUGAUACAAACAUAUCCUGAUCCAGAUUCACCAAAAAAGCAAGAUGAUUUUUCUUUAGAAGAUAUUCCACUAACUUUAAAAAUAGCUCGUAGGCGGAAAUUGGAAGAAGAAGCCAACGAUGUAAUGGAUUUGUUAAUUAAAUUUCAUGGUUCUCCUCAUGUUAGCAGUGUUAAUUUAAUGACAUGCAUGGGGUCACUGGCAUUGAUUGCCAAGACAAGACCUCAAUUUAUGCCAGGAGUAAUACAAGCUUUACAAAGGUUACAACACGAUUUACCUCCAACAUUGUCUGAUUCUCAAGUCACUAGUGUACAGAAGCAGCUGAAAUUAACAUUAUUAGGUCUAAUGAAACACCCUGCUAGUAUAGAAUUCGCGUCUACAAUAGCUAAGCAAUUGGCACAGCUGGGAGCGAAAGAGCAAGAAAUAAUUAAAGCUUAUCCAAAACCGGAGGACAUCCGACGCAUGAAAAAACGUCAACAAGAAGCGGCUGCUGCUUCUGCUGCGAAACGGCUUAAAGUUGAAACUCCCUUAAUACCGGAAGAACCGGAGGUCGUGCCCACUCCUGUACCGCCUCCAAAAUUACCAGAAUUAUUGGAACUUUCGGAAAGUUUUAUUUCCGAAAGAUUAAGCGUAGAGAUUGCUACAGAUCUAGUAAUGGAUAGCAUGGCAUGGGUACCAGACACAAUGACCACGAUUUUUCAAAGAGAAUAUCAGCCGACUUCAACGACUGACGUUGCCAUUCAACGGCAAGCGAUUGCUAAAUUAUUGGCAGCGCAAAUAAAACAAGCUAAAGCGAAGAAGAAAAAGGAGUCGAAAGACGAAGACGCGGUAAUGGAGGAUUUAAUAAAGAAUCCGACUAUCAGCGUGGCAGAAGCAAAACGGGAAAGAAAACGUGAAAAAGAUAGAGAAAAGGAAAAGGAAGCAAAGGCAUCUUUGGAAGCCCAUGAAAAAUCCCUUGUAAAAGCAAGAAACCGUUUGAAAGCUUUGAAAUUGUCUGAAGUCACGAAACCGUUGCCAAAAGAAAUAAAAGAAAAAAUGUUACUAAUGGCUGUUAAUAGGAUCUUGUUGUCUGAAAAAACAGCCGUAUUUGGUGGCGUAGCCGCCACAAGGUCUAAAAUCUUAACAACUCUAGCUGCAACAUUUAAUCCAUAUAUUAAAGAGGCAGUAUUGCGAUACAUUACUGAUGAUAUGAGAAGUCGUUUAGACUUAGCUCUAGGCUGGUUGUACGAAGAAUACGCGUUACUUCAAGGUUUCCAAAGAAGAACUACACUGUGCACAAAGCCUCAAGAAGCACCACAUCAAGCCUACAACUUUCUGUUGUGUACUUUAGUGUCAGCAAUAGAUCUGGUACAAGGAAAAGAUCGAGAUACAUUAUUGAACAGAUUGUAUUUGGAAGCCCCUUUAAUUACCGAAGACGCUGUGGAGGCUUUAAAAAUGGUGUCUUCUGACGAGACCAGAGGGUUGGUGCCAUUACAGUUACUGAAAGACAUGGUUAUUCGCAGACCAACGAAGCAAUUAGUUUUCUUAAAUGUGUUACUAUGCCAUACUGGUCACGAGAACAAUACUAUACGGGAAGCUGCAAUAGAAUUAGUGUGCCAGCUAUACAGCCGUCCAGAAUUAAGUAAACUCAUAGAAGAGUACGCGGUUCUUUAUUUAGGUUUCUUACGACUCCAUACUCCACCCGAGAUUGUUUUUGGACAGGAUCGAGGUAGACCUCAAAUAGAAAACCAAUGGACAGAAUCGACUACGAGAGCGUGUCUUGGAUUAUAUCUCGCGCUACUGAGCGAACAUCAAGAUCUAAUCCACGAAUUGGCAAGAGUUUAUACGUCAAUGAGCGCGGAUGUAAAACGUAUGGUUCUUCGAUUAGUAGAAGGACCAGUAAGGUCUCUGGGGAUGGGCAGUCCACAGUUACUAGCUUUAGUUGAAAAUUGUCCGAAAGGAGCAGAAACACUGGUUACGAGAAUUAUUCAUAUUCUUACAGAGAAAUCUGCACCGAGCGCCGAACUGGUAGCAAGAGUCCGAGAACUUUAUCAAACCCGAGUUUCAGAUGUUCGCUUCUUAAUACCGGUUUUAAAUGGUUUAACAAAGAAAGAAGUUAUAGCCGCCCUCCCAAAACUGAUAAAGUUAAAUCCAAUUGUAGUUAAAGAGGUGUUUAAUAGGUUACUGGGAACUCAUAAUAACGAAGGCGGCGUACCUCAUACUUCUCCGAUCACACCUGCUGAAUUGUUGAUAGCCCUACAUAAUAUAGACUCCAGUAAAGCAGAAUUAAAAACAAUUAUAAAAGCUACGUCUUUAUGUUUCGCGGAGAAACAAGUGUAUACGCAGGAAACUGUGGCCGUUGUAAUGCAACAUCUGAUGGACAUGACACCGCUUCCUACAUUGUUAAUGCGUACAGUAAUACAAAGUCUAGCUCUGUACCCGAGGUUAAGUGGAUUUGUUAUGAAUAUACUACAACGGUUAAUUUUGAAGCAAGUUUGGAAGCAGCCGAAAGUCUGGGAGGGUUUUGUCAAGUGUUGCGAACGAACACAACCACAAAGUUUUGCUGUCAUCUUACAACUUCCUCCGGCUCAAUUAGCAGAAGCAUUAAAGAUGGCUAGUAACUUACGCGCCCCCUUACUAGCGCAUGUUGAAGCGUUCGCUGAGAAUCAGAAAGCGCACAUUCCACAAUCGAUAAUGGACGUUAUUCAGGGUAAAUCACCCUGCGACAUGCAUGAUGAAUUUGAUAUUGCACCACCCGGUGAUUAUCCGAUCGAACAAAAACCAGAUACAAUGGAAAUUGAUGUUUCAGAACCAGCUCCCCCUGGUUUAGAUUAG